UUUUUUUCCAUUUGUCAUAAGAGUAUAUUGUUCUCUGGUUAUAUCGCCACUCGCAUUGGCGGCCUUGGUGUCACUGCAUAAAAAUUGUGAAUUCUAUUAUUUUGUCUUUCCAGGUCUGAUUUGGCAGGAGGUGUUUGACCUAAAUAGGCCGUUAGAGUAAAAUCUUAGAUUAUCCAGAGAUGACGAUUCGCUGGGGUGUUGUAACUUCUGGUAAAAUCUCUCAUGAUUUCACCAAUGCUUUUAAUUCUUUUCCCGACGUUGGAGAUCAGGCAAUAGCUGCGGUUGCAGCUCGCGAUAGUUCCAAAGCUGAGGAGUUUGCUAAAACUCAUAAUAUCGCUAAAGUUUUCGCGUCUUAUGAGGAAAUGGCAAAGAGCAGUGACAUUGAUGUGGCAUACAUUGGUGCGCUCAAUCCCGAUCAUUACGAACUUUCAAAGUUAUUCUUGGAAUGUGGGAAACAUGUACUCUGCGAAAAACCAUUAUGCAUGAACUACAAGGAGACAGAAAGUUUACUGAGUAUUGCUAAGAAUAAAAAUCUGUUUUUAAUGGAAGCAGUAUGGUCUCGUUUUGCUCCGUCAUAUAUCGCUUUGGAAAAAGAAAUUCAGUCCGGUAAACUGGGAGAUGUUCAAUUCGUCGAAGUUAAUUUUGGCGUUCCAAUUGAAAAUGUCGAUAGACUUAGAAAAAAAGAUUUGGGCGGUAGUGCAGUUCUAGACAUCGGAAUUUACACUUUACAAUUUGCACAGUUCGUAUUUAAAGAGGAGCCUAUAAACGUCACUGCCAUUGGUGAAAUUAAUGACGAUGGGGUUGAUGUAGUGGACACAGUUAUACUAGAAUAUUCUGGCAAUAGGCGUGCCGUACUUAAUAUAAACGCUAAGGUUAGGUUGUGGAACAAAGCUACUGUUUACGGCACUAAAGGGAGAGUUACGGUCGAGGAUCCUUUUCAUUUCGCGAACACUUUGAUCCACACAGACGGAAGAGUGGAAAAGUUUCCUUUGCACACUUCGACGCAAAAAUACAAUUUUGACAACAGCGCUGGAUUAGUUUAUCAAGCGCUCGAGGUAGCGCGUUGCAUAAAGCAAGGACUCAACGAGUCGCCUCGAAUGACCCAUAAGGAAAGUCUUUUAUUAGCUAAACUAAGAGAUAUUGUGCGAAAACAAGUUGGAGUACAUUUCGAAGUUGAUAAAAAAGAUUUUUAAAAUGUAUUUUUUAUUAGCAGAACGUUAAUUUUAAAGAAUAUUUUUGUUGUUAUUGUAUAAAAUAAUAAAGUUACAUUA